AUGCCUCCGAAGAACUCGCGUGCUAAGCCCGUGGUUGAUGCUCCUGCUGGUGGGAGUGAUCCUGCAGGCAAGACAUCGCCAAGCAAGGGAAAGGAGAUUGUUGAUAAUCUUCCGUCGGAAGCAGAGGUGACGGCUGGCAGCUCCGGACUUACUCUUGAAGAGAAGCUGAAGGCGCUGGCGACGGUGGUCUCGGGUGAUUCCUUCAUCGAAGAUGAUUCGGAUGAGGAGCUCGACAUUGACGCGACUAAGAGCUCUUACCCGCAUCUGCGUUUCACGGCGAUCCUGCUCUUCUCGGUUAUCCCCUCUCGGGAGGUUGCUUUGGUCAUUCUGACAGUGAAGACGCUGAUGAAACGCGUUUGGUCUAACCUGCUUACUGAUGAUGUUCUUGCUUCGGUGAAGUUCCAGGAGCUGCUUCCUGCCUUCGUCGCCAAGACCCGCUACAGUCGGCUUCAGGUUUCAUUCCUGCACGAAUCGGACGCGGUGAACAUCAAGCAGACUACGGUGGAGCAUAAGCGUCAGAACGGCACGACGCUCCACUGUUUCUGGCUGCAUCAAGAAGACGCGGCUUACCUUCGCAAGAAGGCUUUGAGCCCGCAGCUGCUGGAGGUUUUCUUCAAGAACGUACCUGCUGACAUCCCGCUGGAGUUGGUUAAGGAGAUCAUGGUGGCUCACCCGCUCAAGAUCCGGAAGCAGUCUGCCUUCGCCGAAGGCCAUUGCUUCCACCGUGUCCUGCACCCGGUUACUGGAGCUGAUACUGACAAGAUUAAGGGUUUGGUGAUUCCGCACGCUGGCGACAAGCACCGCUGGCGUCAUGAGUUCCGUCACCAGCUGCUGGGAGGAACGACCCUCUGCCUCUCUCCGCGCUUCCGCGCUCACCACCCCGCUGCUGCUAGACGCGGCUUUUGUGCUGAUCUCCACGGGAAGCAACCGGGAGGGGUGGCUGUGUACUCUCGAAUGUUGCGGGAAGGUCCAUGGCAAGUCUUUCAUGGUGGCGGCAGACCAUAUCACCUCGACCAUAUCCUGUUGGGGCUGGAGAAGCUGGGUACGGCCACUCGCGGUUCCCUGGAGAGGCUCGGUCUGCAUGUCAUCCGCAAGGAGUUCGGGAUCUGA